UGUACAGCGAGGAGGGAGAUGGAAAUCUGUCUGACUUUUAUUCUUCUCUCAUCCACACUCACACUCACAGCAGCUGACAGUGUGAGGUUGGUGAAUGGUGGAAGUCGCUGUGCUGGGAGAGUGGAGGUUCUUCAUGAAGGACAGUGGGGAACAGUGUGUGGUGAUGACUGGGAUAUGGACGAUGCUGCAGUGGUGUGUAGAGAGCUGCGCUGUGGGGAGGCUGUAAAUGCACGAAAAUACGGUCACUUUGGACCAGGAUCAGGACCAAUCUGGAUGGAUGAUGUACGCUGUAGAGGAUCAGAGUCGACACUGAAGAACUGUGGAUCAAGUGGGUGGGGGAAAAGUGACUGUGGUCAUGGUGAAGAUGCUGGAGUCACCUGCUCAGGUCACAGAAUGUCGAGACUCACUGCUGGUCCUCACCGGUGCUCUGGGAGAGUGGAGGUGCUUCAUGGAGGUUCCUGGUCCACAGUGUGUGAUGCUGACUUUGACCAGCAGGAUGCAGAGGUUGUGUGUCGAGAGCUGGGCUGUGGGAUUCCUGUGGAGGUGCUGGGAUCAGCUGCUUUUGGCCGAGGGGAGGGUCAGGUGUGGACAGAGGAGCUUCAGUGUAGAGGAAAUGAAUCUCAGAUUUACUUCUGUCCAACAUCAUCUUCACUCAAACACUCAACCUGCUCCCAUUACAACGAUGUGGGAUUAAUAUGUUCUGGUGAAGUAUCAUGAUUUAACUUCUGUUUAAAUAGAGAA